AUGAGGACCCAGAUCAUUGGAUCGGGAGCCGCGUCCCCCAGCAGCCCCAUGUCCGAGCCCCAGGUGUCCGCUGGGGCGCAGAGCCCCCCGCCCCAGGAGGGCUCCAUGGCCGUGGUGCUGCGUGUGCGGCCCCCCAGCCCCCGGAGGAGGGCUGCACCCCCCGUGCUGCACGUCCUCAACCAGAACGUGGUGCUGCUCAGCCCCGAGGAGCCCCGCGGCACCGCGUCGCCCGCCCGCAGCUCCGGGCGCCGCCACAAGAACCUCAAAUUUGUGUUCGAUCACGUUUUCGACGAGGGGGCCACGCAGGAGGAGGUGUUCCAGCACACCACGCUGCCUCUGCUGGACACCCUCCUCGCUGGCUACAACUGCUCCGUGUUUGCCUACGGUGCUUCGGGAGUCGGGAAAACCCACACCAUGCUGGGCUCCAAGAACAGUCCUGGCAUCGUGCACCUGGCCACAGUGGAGCUGUACAAGAGGCUCGAGGACACGAAGGACAAGAGAUGUGAGGUCCUCGUUUCCUACCAGCAGGUGUACAAAGAGCGUGUCUAUGACCUGCUGGAGCCCCAGGGCCCGCUGAACGUCUGGGAGCAGCCUGGGAAAGGAGCCGUGGCACAGGGCCUCUCCUUCCACCAGCCCACGUCAGCGGAGCAGCUCCUGGACAUGUUGGCCAAGGGCAAUAAAAACCGGGUACAGCGGCACACCAGGGCCAACGCCGUCUCCUCCCGCUCCCACGCCAUCUUGCAGAUCCAGGUGAAGCAGUGGGACCUCGCUGGGGACCUGCGCGUGGCCAAGCUGAACUUCAUCGACCUGGCGGGCUCGGAGCGAGCCUGGGACACCCUGGGCCGGGGAGAGGGGCUGCUGGAGGGCACCAGCAUCAACCGCUCGCUGCUGGCCCUCAGGAGCGUGGUCUGCGCGCUGGCCGGAGCCAAGGGCGAGCAGAGCCACGUGCCGUUCCGCAACAGCAAGCUGACUCGCCUGCUGAAGGACUCGCUGGGCGGCAGCUGCCGCAGCACCAUGAUCGCGGCCGUGAACCCCGCGGCGCCCGCCGGCCGCGACACCUACAGCACGCUGCGCUUCGCCAGCCGGGCCAGGAGCAUCCUGCUGCCGCUGCAGCGCGCUGGGAUGUUUCCCUGCAGCUCCAGAGCAGCCUCCCUGCCCGACCAGCAGUUCCAGGCCAGGACACCAAGUCUUCUUCUGCAGGAUCUGUCUGGGCGCCAGGAACAGAACCUCUGCCCUGAUGAAAUGACUGCAAAGACAAAGGAAGUGGAGGUCCUGGCACUGGAGGAGUCCACAGGGCUGGAGGAGACCUCAGGGCUGGAGGAGACCUCAGGGCUGGAGGAGACCUCAGGGCUGGAGGUGUCCACAGGGCUGGAGGUGUCCACAGGGCUGGAGGAGUCCACAGGGCUGGAGGAGACCUCAGGGCUGGAGGAGUCCACAGGGCUGGAGGAGACCUCAGGGCUGGAGGAGUCCACAGGGCUGGAGGAGCCCAUACAGCUGGAGCAGCCCACAGGGCUGGAGGAGCCCAUACAGCUGGAGCAGCCCACAGGGCUGGAGGAACCCACAGGGCUGGAGGAAGCUGCCUCUCCCGGUAGCGCCGCAGAGCCCAGCGAGAUUGCCCCAGCCCCAGGAACGCAGCUGAGCUGUGCCGCCGAGGCGCCAGUCACCGUGCCAGGCCCCCCCGUGCCCAGCACCGACCAGAAAUGCUCUCAGGAGCUCCCUCCGUGCUCCACUCCCAGGCUGAUGUCUCCCGGGCUGGUUAAGAGGAUGCUCGAGUCCAGCAGCGAUUUCCAACCAGAAAAUUCCUACAGCUCCCCAAAACGGAGGAAGCGCCAGGACAGUGGUCCUGAGCGCCUUUAG